UUACCUGAUGUACGACGAAGACGGGACCACGGCGGACCAGAAGAUCGAGGACGACAGAAGCGUGAUCGAGGCGUCGGGUGGCAUCGGGGGCGAGCGAGUGAUCGCCACCGCCGGUGGUAUCGGCGUCGGCGUUGGCAUCGGGAUCGGUGGCUCUGGCGCCGGUCCCGGCGGUGGCGCUGGAUUAGCCAGCUACUGGCAACACGCUACCACCGCCACUGGCUACUGGCCGUCGUUGCUCGACUGUUGGACCACGCCGUCCAUCGCUUCCACCUCGCAGACGCUCUCUCUGCCGCGAGACGAGAACUGAGAACAGCGCGCGCUGUCGCGAUGCCGGCCAUGUCCUCGCUAGUGAUUUACAAAUAUCAGUAAUAUCAUCCCAGCUCGGGAUGCUAAAUAUUUUUCUUUUCGUUUUCUCUUCUUUUUUUUUUUAUUAUUAUCGUUAUACUCUUUCGUUUAUACUGUUUCAGUCUUAGAGGCUACGUGGAGAACGCUGCGAAACACGCGCUAGAUCGACAGUCAAUUCCUUUUGUGUUUUUUUUUUUUUUUUUUUCUCGUCCUCUCCUCUUCUUUGUGGAUCGAACUUUGCGAGGACUCGCGGCAUUUCUUUGUAACGGCGAUCAAUCUGUUCCCGCGGAUGUUUAUAUAUGCAAAUUCAUAUUUUUUGUGAAUUUUGUGAAUAACGGGAAUCGCUUGUUUAAACAUUCUACUACGUACGACAGGUUUCCCGCAAACGCGAAAGUUCGCAGUCUAAUUGUCACGUACGCUGUUCUUCGUCGAGUUCGACGAGAUUUCAACGACGAAUUCUUCGCUUCGCUGCGAGCGAAAGGGAGGAGACUGUACAUAGGAUUGUAAAUGCACGGACGAUCGAACGAUUAUAAUGGUAUAUAAUAUAUAAAUAUAUUUAAUGUUUCGAGGUGCAUGCUUCGUCCGUAAACCGAACGGAAUACGCGCAGAGGGCGUAGGAUGAAUUUUAAAUUUCCCAAAGAUCGAUUGAGCUUGACGAAAUUUUUCUUUUUUUUUUUUUCUUUUUACUUUCCUCUCGCGCAUUCGACGAAAGUGCGAAAGUGUUUUCAAGCAAAUACUCGAGCCGAAGUGCAAUAUUUUUUGACUUUUGACGGUCCGUUCUUCUCGAAAAGAAAAGAACGAGGAAAUGAAUGAAACAGACGGAAAGAAACAUCGCUGAAAAAGUGUGAUCUAUCGAGCAACGAGCUUUAUAUCCCCCCUGAAGAUUUUAUUUUUACCUGCGGUUAUUGGUUACUGUGCUCGCGCGUCACGGAAUAUCGUGCGUUUCGAAACAGAGUUUAUUCAAGGGCAACGCUCGUUGCGUACAGUCUUUCAAGACUCUCCAAACGACGAGAAGAAGACGAGUGAAUGCCUAAUGGCGGGGACUGGAGAAAUAAGAGAAAGGGGAGAGAAAUAGAACGGAACGAGGGCAGGGUGAAUAUAGAUCCGGCGCGGAUCGAGAUGUACUCACUAUUCUGUAGAUAUAUGUAUAGUAGACGCUGAUUUCACGCGGUUCGUAAAUAUCUUUCAGAAUUGUUAUAUUGUAAUUGAUGAUAAUAAUAACACUAUCCAGCAGAAAUACCAAAAAUUAACGAGAGGAAACGAAGAGAGAGAAACGCAUACGCAGGCUGUAAGUAAACGAAACGGGCCAUCGGUGGCAGUUUGCCAGCGGUGUUUUGUACAGUGUACGAGGAAAGAAAUCACUUUAUCGACUAUGCGGCACGUGUAACUGUACUUUCGAAGUCCGUCGAUUCAUCCUUUUUUGUGUUUCGUUGUUCCAUUACGUUUCGUCGCAAGAUAUUCUCCUCCGUUGGAAAAUAUUAUAAAAUUAUUAUUACAAGCUCGCUCGGCAAUAUGGAAUCUGAAACGCACAGCAGGAACUCUUAGAGUUAAAUUUAAAGGAAACAAGGAAAAUGACAUAUCAUCGUCGAUAAAAAAAAAAAAGAAAAAAGAUUUAAACACAGUGGGAAAGAAACGACUGUGAAUCGAUCGAACUUCGAAAGUCGAUGCAGCCAUAACGCUAUAGAACAAAUAGUGACGUAAGCUAGAUUUAAGAAACGACCGCUAUUUUGUAUGAAUCCCAAUGUCGUACAAAUAUUCGUCGUAAUCACAUAUCCCAGUUCCCACGGUGAGUGAUUGCAAAUACCCGCAGAAGAAUGUUUUCAUUCCCUACGUCGUUUCACUCGCUACGUGUAAACGUUCCUACUGGGCGAUAUUGAGCGCCGAAAGGCCCCGUUUGUAAUCUAGUCACAAUAAAAAUCAAUUCUACUCUAAA